CGACAUGCGCACCAGUGAUCUGAUUAUUUUGGUUAGCUGAGCAAAAUAAGCGAAGAAGAAAUGGUUUGUACAGGACGUUAUUGUCAAGACUAGGCGAUCAAGUAAUGGGAACAGAGCUCCAAUGGGUGCCAGCGCUUCGCAGCUCGAGAAAGACAUAGGACAAGAAUUCCCUCCAAACGAGCACUUCUUUGGCUUGGUGAACUUUGGCAAUACUUGCUACUGCAAUUCCGUUCUUCAAGCACUGUUUUUCUGUCGGCCAUUCCGUGAGAAAGUAUUGGCGUACAAACCUGUGUCAAAGAGAAAAGAGACUCUUCUCACUUGUCUUACAGAUUUGUUUAAUAAUAUUUCCUCGCAAAAGAAAAAAGUCGGCGUAAUUGCACCAAAAAAGUUCGUAGCCAGGCUAAGGAAAGAGAAUGAGUUAUUUGAUAACUACAUGCAACAGGAUGCACAUGAAUUUCUGAAUUAUUUACUCAACACGAUAGGUGACCUCCUAAGAGGCGAAAAAAUCAAAGAUAAGGAAAAAGAAAAGCAUAAUAGCACAGGGAGCAUAAGCAGCAAAAGCAGCUUGUCUUCAAACAGUACUGUAGGCUCCAAUGGAACUGCAAACAAUAAUAUAUCCAGUGGUCCAUUUACUAAUAGCGCAAAUCACUCCAGCACAUCGUCAGACCAUAAAUUUGAACCCACUUGGGUUCAUGAUAUGUUUGAAGGAACUCUGACGAAUGAGACAAGAUGUCUUUGUUGUGAAACAGUCAGUAGCAAAGAUGAAUCAUUUCUGGAUUUGUCUGUUGAUGUUGAGCAGAACACUUCAAUAUCACACUGUCUCAGGGGAUUCUCCUCUACUGAAACACUAAGCUGCGAACACAAAUACUUUUGUGAAACAUGCUGUUCAAAGCAAGAAGCUCAGAAAAGAAUGCGAGUGAAAAAGCUACCCAAAUUACUGGCCCUUCACUUAAAAAGAUUCAAGUAUAAUGAGACAAUACAGAGAUAUUCCAAGCUGUCCUACAGAGUAGUUUUCCCCCUUGAAUUAAGAUUAUUUAAUACUUCUGAUGAUGCCAUUAAUAAUGAUAGAUUGUAUGAUUUAGUGGCAGUUGUUAUUCAUUGUGGAAGUGGGCCUAAUAGAGGGCACUACAUUACAAUAGUCAAAAGCAAUGGUUUUUGGUUACUCUUUGAUGAUGACAUAGUGGAGAAAAUAGAGCCACAUACCAUAGAGGAUUUCUAUGGCUUGACGUCAGAUAUCCACAAGUCAUCUGAAUCAGGCUACAUCCUGUUUUAUGAGGCUAGAAACUAAGACAGCAAUAAAUAUUGACUAAGAAUGACUUUUAUGAAUAUUAAUUUCAGAUUAAGAAUCAUAAAAUAAUUAAUUCUAUCAUUUGCAGUUGACAUCAAAAUGUUCUAAGGCCAAACAAAAAAUAAGUGUGUUUCCUGUUGCAUGAGAAAAAUAAUUGGGGUCGUUAGGCCAGAUUUUUUUUACUGAUACAAAAGUGGAAAUGAGCUUACUAGGAACCCUGUGGUGCAUCUGGGAAUGAAAAAAAUAAUAGGGUCGGCAAAAAUCGGCAAGAAAAUUAGGGUCAGUCGCACAACAGGAAACACACUCUUAUUUUUUUGUUUGGCCUAAUAGUCUGCUAAAACAUGAAUGUAACCGGCAAGCCUAAGACAUUUUUGGCAUGGAGAAAUAAUAAUCCAAUAAUCCACAGGAUAAACAAAGCCCCUUCUAUACAAUCAGCUUUUGUUGCAAUGUUUAUGAUCAUUUGAGCACCAAUAUUUUCUGUGGCUUCAGUUCUCCAACUCUGUUCUCAAUAUGGAGUUGAAGUUGCAGCUAUUAGGGGUUCUAGAAGCUCUUUCCUCCCCAUUCCUCUUUGAGGCUCUGGAGCCCAAAUUGCUGCUGAUUUGUUUGCUCAAGUUGCCAAAAACAUUGUACCAAGUGUUGUAAUUUUAAGGUUUGCCUUGAUGUAAUUUUCUUAAAGACAAUUUACCUAGAAAUGAACUUCAAAUCAAAUCACUGAGCUCUGUUUGAAGUUUUUAAUGCAGGUGGUCAACUGAAUUUUUGGUUUCAAAUGUUAUCAAACCUAAUGUUUUGGCAGAGCAUUAAUGAACAUGUUUUGAUGACCCCUGGGUGCAAAUGCCUGUAAACCAGCAAUACAUAUAAGCACAUCAUCAUCAUGAAUAAUUAUGUCAGCAUUAAUAAUUAUUAGUAAAUAAAUUAUUGAUCUCCCGUGGUCCAGAAGAUACAAGGGAGGUUAGAAUGAAAUUAGAGUUAAAUGUCAAAAAGUUCAUUGUAAAAAAAUUGAAAUAUUCUAUGUCUUACGUGCUUGUAUAUGUGAUAAGGACUAUGAAAACACUUGCAAAAUAAUAUCUGUCAUUUAAGGUUUUUUUUUUACAAAUCGUUUGGGAUUUUAGGCACUUUUGCUUGGCUCGUGAUUUUUUUCUUAGUACUCCUUGCAGCAAAAGGUACUGACAUAAGGGGUUGUUUCUAUAUAUUUGACUGCGAUACCUUUACUGUAGUAUCCUUGAGAUGGUAUAGCCUCUUACACAUUACAGUCCUUUUGAUUGUUAUACAACACUUCAUUUCUCUCAGAUCAAUGUCUGUAGGAUCACUCUAUAUACAUGUACAGCAUAGCAUAUUCAAUUGUGCUUGCAAUUUGAAGGCCGGAUUUUUGCUUAGAAAAGCAAGUUGCACUUAGUUUGCAUUUCAGGGCUAAACAUUAAUGGCUACUCAAUCUGGACAUGAUGACUGUCCACGAUGGACAAAUCAACAUGUGAAUAAGCUGGCAUUUGACCAGACAAGUGUCAACUUUGGCUGGCCAUUGUCCAUUGUCUGAUCGUUAUUUUUACCACUGCAUGCACAUUUAAAAUGUAUUCUCUCAAGGGGUUUGUGGAAUAACCAGAGAUGUUGUAUCCUGUAAAUUUUUCCUGGUAUUAUUAUCCUAUAUAAUCCUUUGAAAUGAACUGUAGAACAAUAGUAUUUUGUUACAUUAAUAGACUUAAAAGACUGUGUGUAUCAUGUUAUGCUAAUGCAGAAAAAUAAAAGAUUUGAUUGUAA